CCCCUCCCUCCCUUGUUCUUCCCCCUCCCUCUUUCCCUCACAUCCCUUGUAGACAGCAAUUAAGCAUUGAGGAUAAAACACACAGCCCGAGAGAGGGCUGAGGCUUUUCUCCCAGAGAUGGCGAGUCGGACAGCUCUCCCCCUCCGGCCAGGAGUCAUCCUCCUCCUCCUCUCCAUCCUUCAGCCCACGAGGCAAGGAGGGGUCCCAGGGGCUGUUCCUGGGGCUGUUCCUGGGGCUGUUCCUGGAGGGGUCUUCUAUCCAGGAGCUGGUGGUCUUGGAGGCCUUGGAGUUGGGGGUCUAGGAGUAGCAGGACUUGGAGCUGGAGGCAAACCGGCCAAACCAGGUAUUGGUGGUCUUGCUGGACUUGGGGGUGGGCUGGGCGGCUUCCCAGGGGGGGUCUACCCAGGGGGACUGCUGGCGGGUCCUGCAGCAGAAGCAGCAUAUAAAGCUGCCGCCAAGGCUGGUCUUGGCAUUGGUGGUGUCGGAGGAGUUGGCGGAGGAGUGUCCACAGGUGCCGUGAUUCCUCAGACUGGAGUAGGUGUAGGGGCUGCAGGAAAGCCAGGGAAAGUGCCAGGUGUAGGGCUUCCCGGAGUGUAUCCUGGUGGAGUUCUUCCAGGAGCAGGAGCACGAUUCCCUGGAGUAGGGGUCUUGCCAGGUGUGCCAACUGGAGCUGGAGUCAAGCCCAAAGCCCCAGGAGGUGGAGCUUUCGCAGGAAUUCCAGGAGUUGGACCUUUUGCAGGCCAGCAGCCGGGAGUUCCCCUAGGCUACCCUAUCAAAGCACCCAAGCUCCCAGGUGGCUAUGGACUGCCCUACAGCACUGGAAAACUGCCUUAUGGUUAUGGCCCAGGGGGCAUUGCUGGAGCUGGGGCAGGCGCAGGGAAAGUGGGGUACCCCACUGGAACAGGAGUUGGUCCUGCAGCAGCUGCGGCCGCAAAAGCAGCUAAGUUUGGUGCUGGCCCAGGAGGGCCUGGGGCACUUCCAGGCUUUGUGCCUGGAGCUGGAGCACUUCCUGGCAUUGGAGGCAUUGCAGGAGCCGGCGCCCCGGCCGCAGCCGCGGCCGCAGCCGCAGCCGCAGCCGCUAAAGCAGCCAAGUACGGAGCAGCCGGAGGCUUAGUACCAGGUGUUGGUGGAAUCCCAGGCAUUGGAAGCGUUGCAGGUGUUCCAGGUGUCGGUGGUGUCCCAGGAGCAGAAAGCCCAGCUGCAGCGGCCAAAGCAGCAGCUAAAGCAGCCAAGUAUGGGGCCAGGGCUGUCCCUGGAGUUGGAGUUCCUGGCUUUGGUGUGGGCCCUGGAGUUGGAGUUCCUGGCUUUGGGGUUGGCGCUGGAGCUGUUCCUGGUGCGGGGGUCGUUCCCGGAGGUAUCCCCGGGACAGCUCUCUCCCCUGCUGCUGCCGCCGCUGCCGCCAAAGCAGCUAAGUAUGGUGCUGGAGGUCUUGGAGGGAUAGUUCCUGGUGCUGGCAUCCCAGGUGUGGGAGUUGUUCCAGGUGGCGUUGGAGGCGUGGUAGGAGGUCCAGGAGCACUGGAUCAAUCUGCAGCUGCAGCCAAAGCCGCCGCUAAAGCUGCCCAGUAUGGGUUAGUCCCAGGUGUGGGAGGACUUGCAGGGGUCCCAGGUGUUCCUGGUGUCGGAGGUCUCCCAGGAGCAGUAUCUCCAGCAGCCCAGGCUGCGGCCAAAGCAGCUGCCAAAGCCCAGUAUAGAGCUGUUCCUGGGAUUGGAGGAGUCCCUGGCUUCCCACCUAGAGCUGUAGAUGGCAUCGUCUCCCCGCCUAGUGUUGGAGUCAUCCCAGGCUUUGGGGCUGGUGUAGCUCCAGGAGCCCUGGCAGCAGCAAAAGCAGCUAAGUAUGGAGCUGGUGGCCUUGGCGGUCUGGGAGGAGGCUUGGUACCUGGUGUGGCUGGCGUCCCAGGAGCAGGAAUUGGAGGUCUAGGAGGUGUUCCAGGAGCAGUUUCCCCAGCUGCAGCCGCAGCGGCCAAGGCUGCUGCCAAAGCUGCCCAGUAUGGCCUUGGAGGAGUUGGAGGUCUGGCAGGCAUCGGAGGGGUCCCAGGCAUUGGAGGCAUCGCAGGGGUCCCUGGAGUGGGCGGAGUAGGAGGUCCAGCUGCAGCCGCUAAAGCCGCUGCCAAAGCAGCUAAGUACGGUGCUGCUGGUGGGGUUGGCCUCGUGCCAGGAAUUGGAGGUUUGCCAGGGACCCGAGUGCUGCCAGGGGCAGGUGUCCCAUCAUUUGGCUAUGGACUUUCACCUAUUUUCCCAGGUGGCGGAGCUGGUGGACUGGGAUUUGGUGGAAAACCUUCCAAACAGUUUGGUGGUGCCCUUGGAGCUCUGGGAUAUCGAGGUGGGGCUUGUUUGGGGAAAUUGUGUGGCCGGAAGAGAAAGUAAAUCUUCCCAGGACACCCGACCCGAGACCUCAUGAACUUUGGUGCUACUGCCUAGUCUAGAAUGUAUACCUUGAGUGACUCCCUCUCCCCCUCCCCUCCCCCCUCUUCCCCACCCUUCUCCCAGGGUCAGAUCCUUCUCACUGGAGUGUUCCUACAGCCACCCACCCAUCCGGUGGGGGUAGGGGAUGGGGUGGAGGCACGGGACCACGGGGCAAGCAAACACAAGAACCAGGGGUCAGCUUGGAAUUCUGUCCCCUUCCCUAAAGGAGCUUGGGUAAGGGGAGGGAUCAGAUGCCCUCCUCAUCACCACCACCACCCCAUUCCCACCCAGGAGCUCUCCCCUCUGCGUUCAUGAUCUUGAGGGAAAUAUGGUGCUACUUGUUGGUGCUUAUAACUUUCUUGGGGGUGAGGGAGGAGGGAAGAGGGGGUCCCCUGGAUAAGCCCCUCACCUGGGGGCUCCUCUAAACACAGCCCUGGAGAUUUUCAAGACAUCCAACCCUACCCCCACCAGGAAAGGUCAGCCCAGGACCCACAGUCAUGCUCUCCCACUGGGAUGAGCAGCCUUUGGGGUUGGGCCUGCUUGCCCUACCUUGUACCCGAGCACUUUAAAUCAGCCUCAGUCCUGGUUGCGAGCCAUCCAGAUCUGGCCACCUCUCCCCACCACGCCAGAGGGCUGUCCCUUCAGUCUCUCCCUUGCUGCUCCUCACAUCCAUCCAUGGAGCCAAUAUACCUGAAGACUGGGAACAGCCAUGCCCCUGAUCUUUUUGGAAUUUAUCUUUCCAUCCAUCCGUCCACCCCUCACCCAAAAAAAGUUUACCACCCAGUCUAGCAAGAGGCUCCUGCCCCAGCAGACUUGAAUGUCUUUCAGUGAUGCCCUCCACCUUGUAGGACCUGUCCUGGUCUUCCCCACCUCUACCCCUCGCCCCAGCCCUGCCACCACAUACACUCACACACCCCACUGGCAAGGGGAGACCCCUGCCAUCGGGAGUGUGGGAACGCAUGCAUGUACUCACCAUUGACAGCGACUCCAUCCCCGCCAGGCCUGGGACAGCCAGCACUGCCUAGAACCCCAAGAGGCCCGAGGAUGGGGCUGCGGCGGGAGGGGAACCAGAGGGAAAUGAGGACCCAGAGCUCCCCGCCUAUCCCUGGUAUAUCUCACACAGCAGUACUGUAUCCUCAGUCCCUUGAGCCCCUGGGCGUCGGAGCAACUCUUCCCAACAUUCAGGCCCUGUCUCCGUGUCUCGCUGUGAUAGAUCAAUAAAUAUUUUAUUUUUUGUCCUGGA